CAGGUCCACCAUGUGUUACGCUGCUCCCAUUUCAUCGCUCUUGACUAUACAGGUUGCUGUAAGUUCACCAUGCGAGAAGUCGAGACUACAGUCGAGCCGGAUGUACUCAGAGACCGUGUCUUCAUAGUCUUGCUCAUUCGCGUGUUGACCGACGGCUUCGGGUCAGCAAAAGACCUGUAUCACAGACUGAAGCAGAAGUCAAGUUCUGACGACGAACAAAAUGAACCAAGAGAUACCGAGCACGACUCCACUCGAGACCGCCGGGACUCUCACUCAAACAUUAUCGAAGCACUUGGUCGCCAUGUACGAUGGAGCCUCGACAGAAGAGCAACGCACCACAGUGAUAGCGAAGACGAUCUUGUAUGCAACGCAUCUGUGCAAGUCCAGGCCAUAUACGACCGCGCAUAUCGCAAGCUUGGCGAGCCUUAUGCGCGUGGAGACGACUUUGUGAGGAUCCAGCUCCAAUCGCACAUCAUUAAGCUGCAGCAAGUCCUGAUCAGCAUUCACCAAGACCUCAUGCUGAGCAACUACCUCACGAUCUCCUCUUCACAUUCACAGCUCAUUCACCUGGUCCAGACGGUACGCACUACGCGGGCAGCUGCUAUACAGGCUCUCGAUAUGCUGUAUCAGCGUAUGCUAGCAACAUCUCCCAAGAAAUCAGAUGCGCACCCACCCAUGCCAGGGGGCUUCCCGCUUCCUCCUCGAUCACUACAAAGAAGCCGCAGCAGCAGCCCAUGCUCCUCGGACACCUCCGUACAGAUACCCUCCAACCCGAUACCCAAGCCAAAUCCCAAUAUCAACAAACUCUUCUGCCGCUACGCUCUCGACCUCCAAUUCAACAUACACCUCCCCCUCUCAGCCAACUUCAAAUUGGACGGCAACAGGAGGUGUCCACGCUGUCGCAUCCAUAUUCCUGUGCAACCGAACAAAGCGUGGGAAGUUGUCAUGGAGACUAGUAGACGGCACCCGAGAUGCAAGAAGUUCUUGGUGAGAAAUGUGUUCGUGGUCAAGUGUCAUCGCGAGGGCGGCGGGUUUGCAUGUGUGCUGUGCGCGCAAUAUGGUGGUGCGGAUACUGUGUGUCGCUCGAUUGAGGCGCUGAUGGAGCAUUUGUGGAAGGAGCAUACAAGUGAGGAUUUGGAGAGGGAUGGGGAUAUUGUGGGGUGUUAGUUUGGUUUUAUGGGGUUGAUUGAGUGAUACCCAGGUUUCGCUGUUUUACAGGUUUAUAGCAAU